GACUGUCCUGGCACGACAGAAGAAGCAAUACUGAUUCCUCCCAAGAUGAAGAUGCUGUGGCUGUGUGUGGCAUUGGCUCUGAUCGGUGCCCAAAAGGGAGCAGCUGCUGAUGUAUCCGAGGUUUCUGGGAAAUGGUAUUCUGUUCUGAUAGCCUCCGACCACAGGGAAAUAAUAGAAGAAAAUGGAAGCAUGAGGCUAUUUGUGAAUCUCAUCGACGUCUUGAAAAAUUCUUCUCUGUCCUUUGUAUUUCAUGCAAUUGAAAACGGACAAUGUGCUGAAGUAGUCCUUGUGUGUGAUCCAACAGAGAAGGAAGGAGUAUAUUCUGUUGAGUAUGAUGGACACAAUGUCUUUCACAUCAUUGACAUGGUCUCUGAUGAGUAUGUCAUAUUCCAUCUCAAGAAUGAAAACAACGGAGAAAGCACCCAAGUGAUGGAACUCUAUGGCCGAAGACCUGAUGUGAGCUCAGAAAUCAGGAAAAAGUUUGUGAGACUGUGUCAAAAACAUGGAAUCGUGAAGAAAAACAUACUGGACCUAACCAAGACUGAUCGCUGCCUCCAAGCCCGAGACCAGGCAUAG